AUGAGCCUGGGCUGCCUUUCUGCAUCCGCGGCCGGCGGCGGCGGCAACGGCGACGGCACGAGGCGGCGGCGGCGGCGGCGGCGGAGGGAGCAGAGCGCGCGGCCGGGGGGCUGCUUCUUGCUGCUGCUGCUGCUGCUGCCGCUGCCGGAGGCGGAUGCCGCCGUCCCCGCCUCGCCGGCUGCCGCGCGGUGCGAGCCCCAGGCAGGAGACGUGGCCGGGGGCGGCAGGGGAAGCGCCGCCGCCGCCGCCGCGGCUUCUUCUUCCGCGGCCGAGAACCCGUCUCUGGGGGCAGACCCUUGCCAUUUACUCAGUCCACCAUGCUUUACUGAAGAGGAUAAAUUCAGUCUGGAAGCUCUUCGUACAAUUCAUAAGCAAAUGGAUGAUGACAACGAUGGUGGUAUUGAAGUAAACGAAAGUGAUGAGUUUAUCAGACAAGAUAUGAAAUAUAAAGACGCUUCUAAUAAACACAACCACCUACACAGGGAAGACAAACACAUCACCAUUGAAGAUUUGUGGAAACGUUGGAAAACAUCUGAAGUUCACAACUGGACGCAAGAGGAGACUCUUCAGUGGCUGGUGGAGUUUGUUGAACUUCCUCAGUAUGAGAAGAAUUUCAGAGAAAAUAAUGUGAAAGGGACGACGUUGCCAAGGAUAGCAGUUAAUGAACCUGCCUUUAUGAUAUCUCAGUUGAAAAUAAUUGAUCGGAGCCACAGGCAGAAACUUCAGCUGAAGGCCUUGGAUGUUGUUUUAUUUGGACCUCUUACACGACCGCCUCACAACUGGAUGAAAGAUUUCGUACUCACAAUUUCUAUAGUGAUUGGUGUUGGAGGCUGCUGGUUUGCAUAUACCCAGAACAAGUCUUCAAAAGAGCACAUCACAAAAAUGAUGAAAGAUUUGGAAAGCCUUCAGACAGCAGAGCAGAGCCUAUGUGAAUUGCAAGGGAGGCUUGAAAAGGCACAGGAAGAGAAUCGAACCGUUGCUGUAGAAAAGCAAAACCUAGAGCGCAAAAUGAUGGAUGAAAUCAGUGAUGCAAAACGGGAAGCAUGUCGGCUAAGAGAGUUGAGGGAAGGAGCAGAAUGUGAACUCAGCAGACUUAAAUAUGCAGAAGAGGAGCUGGUGCAGGUCCGCAUGGCCUUAAAAAAGGCUGAGAAGGAGUUUGAACUGAGAAGCAAUUGGUCUGUUCCUGAUGCCCUGCAGAAAUGGCUCCAGUUGACGCAUGAAGUGGAAGUACAGUACUACAACAUUAAGAGACAAAAUGCAGAAAUGCAACUAGCGAUUGCCAAGGAAGAGGCAGAAAAGAUUAAGAAGAAGAGAAAUACUGUCUUUGGGACGUUACAUGUUGCGCACAGCUCUUCUCUUGAUGAAGUAGACCACAAGAUUCUGGAAGCAAAGAAAGCACUUUCUGAAUUAACAACUUGUUUAAGAGAGCGACUCUAUCGAUGGCAGCAGAUUGAAAAGAUCUGUGGCUUCCAGAUAGCACAUAACUCAGGAUUACCGAGUCUGACUUCAUCACUUUACUCCGAUCAUAGUUGGGUGGUAAUGCCACGAGUCUCCAUUCCACCGUAUCCGAUUGCAGGGGGAGUGGAUGACCUUGAUGAAGAUACUCCUCCAAUAGUUUCUCAGUUUCAUGGGUCCAUUGUAAAAACUAGCACCUUAGCAAGGAGCAGUAGCAUGUGUCGCUCCAGGCGAAAUAUCAUGCCAUCAUCUCCUCAGUCACAACACACAGCACAAACGCAGCACACUUCGCAUACACAAGCUACUUUGCACUCUGCAGAUCCAGACAUCCUUUCAGUGUCCAGUUGCCCUGCAGCUUACCGUACAGAAGAGGAGGAGGAGGCCAUUUACUUCACUGCUGACAAGCAAUGGGAAGUACAAGACACAGCUUCCGAAUGUGACUCCUUCAAUUCCUCCGUCGUAAGGAAACAGUCUCCUCCUUCAAGCCUUGAAAUCUAUCAGCCCCUGUCACCUCAAAAAAUAUCCCGGGAGGAACUCUCGCUAGAGGAGUCAUCUACCGGAGACUCGUCCUCCCUAACAGCUGACCUUUCCAGGGGUUCUCCUGACUGUGUUGGCAUGACGGAAACUAAAAGUAUGAUCUUUAGUCCAGCAAACAAAGUGUACAACGGCAUUCUGGAGAAGUCCUGCAGCAUGAAUCAGCUCUCUAGCGCUGUUCCGGUUCCCAAGCCUCGUCACACCUCCUGUUCAUCCACCAGCAGCGAAAGUAAAGCAGGCCACGAACCCUCUGCGACCCCUCGGAUAAGUAGCACCUCGCAAGACCUCUGUCACAACGGGGAGCGAAACAAAAAGUCCUCCAAAAUAAAAAGUCUCUUUAAGAAGAAGUCGAAGUGAGGCUGCCGGAGGCAACGCUCAUGAGUGGCAUUGUUAGACUCUGUUGCUAUUAUUAUUUUUUAAAUUAAGAAUGUAGUUAUCAAGGUUCUCCAGGUUUGGAUGCCGCAGCAGAAAAGCCUUUUAAGGCCAACUUCUCUUCUGUUUUAAAUGACGUCAACUUGUGCCAGCUGUCAAUGAGAAAUUUUAAAUUUCAAGGCAGUUUACAGUCAUUUGUCUAUUUAUUUCUGCUUUUUUAGUUUAUAUAUAAAACUUUUUUAAAACAUAAAAAACAACACUUUAACACAAGCUUUAACGGACUAGUAAGCCUGCAUGGGCUUGCCAAAGUUUUUCUUUUCUUGUUUACCAGAGCAUCUUCUUAUCUUUCCACCGAAGCUAUGGCAUUUGCGUACUGGACUUAAGUAACUUUAAAAUGAAGUAAAACUACUUAAAUUGCACUACUGUUUUCCUGACUGGAAAGUAUCUUCGCAAGUGAAACUGUUCAGACUUGUGAAAAGACAGAAGAGAUGGGUUGGUUCAUUGUUAUUUUUUAGGUCGUUUUUAUGUAGAAACUAGCAUUUCUAACAGUUGAUUUCUGGAGCUGGAACCUCAUUUCUUCUACAGAAUGCUUAUUUAAAUGCAUUAAUUAACCUAAUGGAUUGGGUCCUGUUGUAAAGAUCAUGAUUAUCCAGGGCUUUCACUGUGAUUUUAUUGCAUUGCAUAGGCUGUAUGGUAAGAAAAAGACUUUUAUCAAGAGAAGGGGGCUCCUGAUUCCACACACAAGUGAUAAAAAAGAAGACGACAAAACUUGAUUUUGAAGGACUUUUUUAGACAUUCACAACCUUAAAACCAGGAUAGGGACAACUGUGGGCACUUGUUUACAUACAUUGACAGACAACGGAUGUUUGAUUUGUGAAUAUUUGUACUGUGGCAAAGAUAAUAAAUUGAAAAUAUUA